AUGGCUUCUCAAAUACCCAUCAAUGGAACACCCGGAUAUUGGAACACGCUUUGCGCCGACGAACUGGGGUCAGAAGCCCGGACGAUGCAGCUCAUUCGGGAGCGCACUUCCGUCGCUAUCCUGACGUUUUUGGAUUUAGCAAAACUGUCGACAACGAUCUCGGCUGUCCGCACAUCUGGCUCUCUUUCAUACUUCGUAGAUGGCAUCUCUGGGGACGACUUCUGGUUUGCCAAGCCCCAGGGCAGAAGCCCAACUCGGAAUUCCUACUUGGUUAAAGACGACUUCUUAAGUUCUUCAUUGGCUGCAUGGGCGACACUUUUGCGGCUGAUCGUUUACCGCGACGCCAUCAGGGAGGCCAUGGUCGAGGACGAAAUCGGGUGUCACAGCCGGACGUAUCACACAAGCGCUACGCUUAUCACCGAGAACCUUCACAUCGCGGCCACAAACCCAAUGGGCAGGGGAAACAUUCUGAGGAAGAUUGUCCAGGAGAUAGCCAAGCUUGUCAAGGUGCCUUGCACCGAUGAGGAGUGCCUUUACAAGGAGCUCUGCGACUUUUUCGGCCAAGGCGAAGGCAAACCGCCUGAGGGAGUACUGGAGGCUCUGAGAACGGAAUUGAUCAAGCUAAUGCAGAAUGAGGCACUAUAG